AUGAUAUAUGAUUCAAUAUAGAUUAAUCCUGAAGAUAAAAAAUAGAAUUCUAAUAUUGCCAAUGAUCAAACUAAAAAUAAUUAAACUGAAAAUGGUACAAAAAUUUCAAGUUAGCCAAAUAACUUAAAUCAGAGCACCUUAAUAACUUCAAAUUAAGUAAUACGCAAUGAUAAUCAUCCAAACAAAUAAGAAUAUUUUGAUGAUAAAAGACAUAAUUCAAAUCAUAACCAAAUUGACUCCAAGUUUGAUAAUCAGAGAUAUAAUUCUGAUGAAAGAGAAUGUAACAACCUAGAAAAGCAUAGUAAAGAUUAGGAAGGUAUUGACAAAUAAAAUAUAUAUAUUAAGGAAUAAAAAAGCUAAAAUUCAACGUAGCGUAGCAAUAUUUAAGGACUGAAUUAAGAUAUGAGAUAAGAGACUUAUGAAUAAGCAAGCAGUAAUAAGAAUUUAGAAUUAGAAAAAACAAAUCGAAGCUAAUCUAAAAUUAUGGAAUCUAUUGGCUUAGAUUCAAAUAGAAAUAACUCAAGUAGCAACUAAUUCAAUAGAUUAACAUCAAAUAAUAACAUACAAACUAAUAGAAACUACGAUGAUUCUCAGAACGAAGAGAAUUUUAAUACAGGAAGAUCAAAAAAUACAGAAAAUUUUAGUUCAAAGUUAGAGGUAGAAUUAAAAUAGUUAAAUAAAGGUAAGAAAAAAUAAUCAAAGAGAGAUUCUUUAGGUCUAUCUGCUUAAGAAAAGGCUUUGAUAGAAAAAAUGAAAUUAAAUACAAACUAAAGAAAUAGUUAAAAAUCUCCAUUAAGGAAUUUGAUAGGAAAGCAGAUUUAUGAAGACUAACUAGGAAAAACAACUAAAAACAAUAGGGAGGAAUAGAAUGGCACUCCACAGAAACGUUUAAGCAAAAUCAGAUAUUCGAAUAAUAGUGUAACACCAAUUUAGAUGGUAAAUAGUCCAGGUUAGAAUGCCUCUUAAAGAAUUUAGUAUAAAACUCCAAAUUAAAAAAGUUUUAAUUUAGAAGAUAGCUAAAUUUCAGAGUAAGAUAAAUCGAUAAAAUCUGAAAUUAGAAAUUUGAGAUAGCGAUUAAAUUCUAAAUAAUAAACUUCUUAAGACUCUCAAAGUGAUGCAUCAUCAAGCGAAAGGGAAAGAUCUUUAGAUAAAAAUUAUAUUUAUAAUGAAUAAGAUGAAGUAGAAGAAGAAUACAAUACCAGAGGAGUUUAAGGUAAAAUGUAUUAAAAAGUUAGAGACUUACUAUAGUAGCAAUUGGAUGAAGAUGGAGGUUAAAACCAAGAGGAUGAAGAAGAUGAGUUAAAUUAGCAUGAACAAUAAAUUAUAGUGCCUGAAGACUUCAUUGAUUAAAAUACUUUAGAUGAAUAUGAAAAGCUUACUUAAGAAUAAGAAGUAAGAACUCAAAACUAAUAUCUUAAAACUUACAAAGUAUAAAAAAAGUCAGCUUUAGACAAACUAGGUUACUUGUUUUACAGGCCUUCUAUUUUUCUUUAGGUUUUCAAAUUCUUUUUUUAUCUGAAAUGUGCGAUAUCAGAUUUUUGCUACAAAAUAAUAAAAUCUAAUUGGUUCGAGAAUACAAUUUUGUUGAUAAUUAUUUUCAAUUCUAUUAUGCUAAUGCUUGAUGAUCCUACUACAGAUGUCUAGAGUAGCUUUGCUGAUUGGUGUGAAUAAUUUUUUUUAUGGGCUUAUACAGUUGAAGCUUGUUUGAAAAUAAUAGCCCUUGGAUUUAUUUUACCACAAGGUGCUUAUCUAAAAGACGGAUGGAAUAUUUUAGAUUUUGCUAUCGUUGUAUCUUCCUUGUUACCUUUGGUUAUAGGUUCUUCCACUGUAAAUCUUCGUGCCCUCAGAUCACUUAGAAUUCUAAGACCUCUAAGAACGAUUUCAAAAGUUAAAAAGCUAAAAAUAUUACUCAAAACUCUGUUUUCUGCUAUACCUUAUUUAGUAAAUAGCAUGAUUAUUUUAACUUUUUUCUUUUUGAUAUUUGCUAUUGGUGGACUUUAAUUAUUUGGUGGUUUACUUUUACGUAGAUGCUUGGAUCCUUUAUCAGGAAUAGUUGCAGAUUAUAAUUAAGUCUGUGGUGGUGGUUAUUAGUGUGAUGACAUUUACAUUUGUGGAAAGACGAUGAGCAACCCACAAUUCAAUGUCACAAAUUUCGAUGAUAUAUUUUAUUCUUUUUUAAUGGUUUUCCAGGUUAUUACUCUAGAGGGAUGGACUUAAAUUAUGUAUUAGCUAUUUGAUGCAUUUUCCGUUUUUACUGUUAUUUAUUUUGUUUUACUCGUCUUUAUAGGCUCAUUUUUCUUAAUUAAUCUAACUCUUGCAGUUAUUAAAGCCAAGUUUUCUGAUAAUUAAGGAACUACUAUUGUUGUAUAAGAAAAUGAAGAAGAGCCAGAAAUGACUAUCGAUAUUUUGAGAGAAUAUCGCUCUUUGGAGAGACAUUAUUUGAAAACUAUCGAUCCACUAAACGACCAUCUUGCUAAAUAAAGAGAGCGUUUAAAUAUAGAGAGCUUUAGAGAAGAGUAAUAAAAAAGAGGAUUUGUUUGGGAAGAUCUUGCUAAAUUAAGGAUGCUUUAAAAAUAGAAAUAAAAAGAAAAUUAUUUAAAAGAAGAGAGAUUGCGUAAAAAAUUAUUUGUAGAGUAGUGGAGGAAUAAGCAGAAGAGUAAAAUUUAAUAAGCAACAAAGAAAAUAGCAAAAUUCUAUAGAAUAAUACCUUAAUUCUAACUUCUCUCAGCUGCUACCCCUCAAUAAAAAAGUAAUAAUUAAAUAUACGCUUUGCCUAUAGCUGAAUAAAGCAAUGAAGACAAGACAAACAAUUAAGAUUAAAAUAUCGAAUAACUUAAUGAAUAAAAUGCAACAACUCAAUAAAUCAACAACAAUCCUAUUAGUGUGAGUAAAAAUAAAAUAGUUCCCUUAGAAAAUAUAAAUUUAAAUGGCUUGGCUUUAAAUAAUUAAACAAGUUAAAGUAUGUCUGAAUAAUAAGAUUAAAAAAUUGUGUAAUAUCAUUCAUAGUAAAAUUAGUAUAGGAACUAGGUUACUUUUAUGGGAUUCUAAACAAAUUAUUUUGCUACUAUGUAAAAACCUUUGGUUCUUAGUUAAUAAUUAAAACUCCAAUAAUAGUUAUGCAGUUCUAAUUCAUCUCAAUAAAUGCUUUUAAAUGAGGAUGAGGAAGAUCACUUUUGGAAAGAGAUUGAAGACUAAAAGAAUUUAUUUACAAACAAAGAAAAUUAAAAAGAUAGUUUAUCUCAUAAAGAAAGUGAUAAACAAUAAACUUCUUCAACUUCAAGCCAAACUAAUAUUCAAGACAAAUAGAAUAAUAAUGACAACAAUAAUGCUAAAUCUAAAAGUAGGGAUGACUUUAUUGCUCAGCCAAGUCAAGAAUAAUUAUAACAAGAGAUUUUGCUCAGCAAAUAGUAAGAUUCUGCAGUAAAAAGUAUAUUGAAUAAAACUGAUUCUACUAGAAGUAGAGAGUCUGUUUUAGAUCACUCUUCUCCCAAAAAAUUUUCUAUCCUUAAUUUAAAGAGUUAAAAAAAAUCAAACUCACAUUCUACAAAAUAAAAAACAGAAAAACCUGAAGCAAUUUUGAAAAAAUUCUCAAUAAGCAGUUAAGGCUCAAUAAUGCUGGAAAGCCAUAAUUCUAUCAUAGAGUUCUAGGAUUAAGAACUCAGCAAAUAGAAUAGUGAUUAACCACUUAAAUUAAAUUUAGCUAGCACUGAAGGAGAUGAAAUUUAAUUUACAACAAGACUUUAAAAUGUUAAAAGUCAUAUAAAUGCUAAUCACAAUGUUAUGUCUCCAAUGCAUUAAAAUUUAAUUAAUUUCAAUUCACAAUCAAAUGAUACUCCAAAAAACGAACUUUAAAAGCAAGAAACAAAAGACAUGAAUGAUAGCUUACUUAACGAUUCAGAUUUUUUUUAAAAUCCAGAAAAAAAAUAGGAAUAAACUGAAAAUUAUGAAUAUCUUGCUUAAGUUUUAAAAAAUUUGAAUGAAAAAAUUGCAAAUAGAUUAAAAAAUGAUUCAGAUGAAGAUAAUAAUUAUGAAAAUAGAAAUGAUGAUUUUGAAGAUAACGAUGAAAAUCAAGAGGAUGACUUUAAUUUAAAAAGACAAAAUAAAUUUAGAGGAGGGGCUACUUUCAAAAAUAACAAAUAAACAUUCUCAAAAAAACCAGAUUAUUCUCCAGUUGUUGAUAAAAAAGAUUAAAAUUUAGAAUAGAAAAUUAGAAAAGGAAACGAUUAAGACAAUUUUAAUAAAAUUAUUCAUGAAGUAGAAGAGGAAGAAGAUGAUGAGCAAAAAACAAAUAAGAAUACAGAAAGAGCCAAUAAUAUAUAAUAAUUCUAAGAUGAAUAGAUAAGUCCAUCUAACUAACAAAGCAGUUAAAAGUAAAAAAAUAUCUAACAUGAAAAUGGUGAAACCUAAUUAAACGAAAGUAAUAGCUAGCACUAAGAAAAUAAAGAAGAACCAAUUAUGGAUAAUAAUUAAAAUGGGAAUCAUAAUAAUUAAAAUAAGCCUGCCCUUGAAAUAAGUGAAUACCAGAAAUAAAGAGAAUUGCUUUAAAUUGAAUGGCUCAAAAAAAUAGAAAAAAUUAGAUAAGAACAUAAGCUUAUUGAGGCAAGCAGUUCAUCUCAAUUUUUUUAGUUGGAAGUUUUGGAAAAGAGAAAAAAAGAGAAGGAGGAAUAGGAAUUAAAAGAAAAGAUGAUUAAAGAAGUAAAAAAUUGGAAAUUAAUGGUAGAUUACAAGCAUGAGGAUGAGUUCACUUCUAAAGAAGAUGUCAUGGAGUUAACUAUUAAUCAACAGCUUAAAAAUAAAGAGGAGGAAGAAGAGUAAAGACUCAGACAAUUGAAAUAUAAAAUUUUGCACAAACUUAAAGUAGUUAAAAAAAAGAAGAAAUUGACUAAAAGGUAAAAAAGAAAAUAGAAUCUAUCAAGGUCAAUUCAAAAUGGAAAUAAAGCUUCUAACGACAACAGUGUUAGAGAAAAUAGCCCUCAUCCUAAUACUUCUAUGAGAGCUAAAGAAAGAAUUUAAAAACUUAAAAGACUGCAACAAAUGAUUUCUAAUGCAGCUAUGUCUAAAAAAUCUGGUUUAAAUUAAAAUAGCAUUUUUUAAGCAGAUCAAUCAGGAAUAAGAAGAAAAAAUGAUUCGAACACAGUUAAAGAUUUUAAAGAUAACAAAUCUGUCAUCACUUUUAGUAAAUUUGCAGGAUUUUAAUCUCCUUAAGCCUCUGUUAAGGGAGACAAUAAAGGAAAAGCUUAUCAAGGUGCUUUUUAAAGAUUUAAUAAAAGCUUUAACUCAACUAAUUCUAUUGGUUCAGUCCAAGACGAUGUACACAGAUUAAAAAUUCCAAUCAAAAUGAGUAAUAGAAUUAUCUGUUUUGACUAAUUUAGCUCUCAUUAAGGAGAUGACUUAAGUGUUAGUGAGGCUUAAUCGGGUUCUGUCUCAAAUCAAAAUAAUAAUUAAUCAAACUCACUAACAGUAAGAAAUACUAAAUUUAUUAUUUCCUAAACAAAGAAGAAAAGAGAAAGAAUAAAAAAAGAAUUACUUCAAGAACAAAAUGUAAAGAAUAACGAAAAAAUUAAUUACUCUAAUUACAAUUAAGUUGUGCAUGCAAUUAAUGCACCAAUUAAGAAAUAAAAAAAUGAACAAAAUGAAAUUCAAGACAACUUUGACUUCAAAAACGAAUAUCUCGAUUAACUUAGAGAAGAUGCUUUAACUGGCAUAAAGACAAAAUAAAUAUUUUCUGGUAUUGAUGUACUGAGAGGAUAUAGAGGAGGAGCACUUAGGUUAAAUAAAGUUUUAAGACCAUUAAACAGUGAUAGAUAAGAAAUUAAAAUGUGGAUACCUGGAAUACUUGGAAUAUUAAUUGUGAUACACAAACAUAUAAACCACUUCGUAAAAAGCAGCUUUUUUAACAAUCUAGCUACAAUAGCUGUUUUUGCUAACACGGUUGUGCUUGCAUUAGCAGGAAGCUUUUCUGACGAUUAAUCUAAUUAAAUCUUGGAUUGGCUGAAUAACUUCUUUACUUUUGUCUUUAUAGGAGAAAUGGCAUUUAAAAUAAUUGGUCUAACGCCAGCAGGCUAUGUUAGAGAUAGAAUGAAUAUAUUUGAUGGUUUUAUAGUUUGCCUUUCUAUUUUAGAGUUAGUGAUAUUCAGUGGCAGCGGAAGCAAGGCCUUUUCUGCUUUUAGGUCUGUUAGAAUCUUUAGAACAUUUAGAGUUUUGAGAGUAACGCGUUUAUUGAGAGGUUUAGAGUUUAUGGGAGUAAUUAUAAAGGUUAUUUCAAGAACUUUAGACAGUUUUAUUUACAUCGCCUUUUUACUAUUUUUGUUUAUCUUCAUUUUUACAUUAUUGGGAAUGCAAAUUUAUGGAGGAAAACUUUAGAUAAUAGAUCCAAGAGUGCGUUAGAAUUUUGAUAACUUCUAAAAUGGUUUUAUAACUGUUUUCUAAUUGAUGACAAUUGAGAAUUGGAAUGACAUUCUGUAUAAAACAUUUAACUCUUCAGUCAAUAAAUUCUUAACAUCAAUUUAUCUAAUCGUUUGGAUUUUUAUUGGUAAUUGGAUCUUCUUGAACUUGUUCUUAGCUAUCUUGCUUGAUGGUUUUACUGAUUAAAGUUAAGAAGAUAGUCUUGCUUUAGAAGAUGAAGAUCAGUACGAAGAAGAAGUAGUAGAUAAAAAUGAAAAUAAAAACUAGCAAUUCAACUAGCUCAAUCAAGAGAACUUAUAGAUUCUAAAUGAAGACUUUGAAAGAAUGGAUAGUGAAGAAAUGGAGCUGAUUGAACAAGAAAUACUCCAGCUUGAAGGUAAAUCUCAAAAUCAACAACUAUUCAUAGGUAUUGAAUGCUCGCACUCUCUAUAUCUAUUUUCUAAGCAAAAUAGCAUCAGAAUUCUUUUCUAUAAAAUUGUGAAGCAUCCACAAUUUGAAAAUUUAAUACUGUUUUUUAUCGUCACAAGCUCUCUUAAGUUAGUAGUAGAUACUUAUGUUGAUGAACAUUCUGAUGUCGGCAUUGCACUAAAAAAUGUUGACUUGAUGUUUAAUUUUAUAUUUAUUGCUGAAGCAACUUUAAAAAUAAUUUCCUUCGGAUUUAUCGGAGAUGAAAAUUCUUAUCUUGAUGAGUCAUGGUCCUAAAUUGAUUUUUUCAUAGUAUGCACUUCAAUAAUUGAUAUGACAUUUUCAGGAGUUAAUGUUUCAUUUAUCAAAAUUUUAAGACUUCUGAGAACCUUGCGUCCAUUGAGAUUUAUCAGUCAUAACGUAAAUAUGAAGGUUGUUGUUAUAGCUCUCUUUGAAUCUAUAUCUGGAAUCUUCAAUAUAUUAAUUGUUAUAUUUCUUAUAUGGAUUAUGUUUGCCAUAUUAGGUAUUUCCUUGAUAGGAAAUAGAAUGGGUUAUUGUUCAGGAAUAUCUUACAUAUAUCAUGUCAACUAAGAUAGAUGCUAAAGUAUGGGAUACUAAUGGUAAACUUAUGAUACAAAUUUCGACAAUAUACUCAAUGCCAUGAGAACUCUUUACAUUAUCAGUUCAUUAGAAGGUUGGCCAGAUCUUAUGUAUUAAGCUAUAGAUUCUAAUACAGCAGAUGUGGGUCCAGUCAAGGAUAAUUACAUAUAAAUUAGUUACUUUUAUAUGAUAUUCAUUUUAGUGGGUUCAUUCUUUUUAAUAAACUUAUUUGUUGGUGUUAUCUUUUUAAAUUUCAAUGAAGCAUAGAAAAAUGAAAGAUAGUCUUCUUUAUUCUUAACAGAGGAGUAAAAACGUUGGAUAGAGUUCUAGUAAAUGAUUAUUGGUGUUAAAGCUGAGUUUGCACAAAGUGUAGUGCCUACUUAAAAAAUACCAAAGCUAAUGUACAACAUAGUCACUAAUUAAAAAUUUGAAAUAUUUAUUAUGGUGUUAAUUGUAUGUAAUAUUUUGACUAUGGCAAUGGCAUACGAAGGGUCUCCCAGUUCUUAUGAUUCUAUUUUAGAAAAUAUUAAUUUAUUUUUUACAUCUUGCUUUAUUUUAGAAACCAUUAUGAAAUUUAUUGCUUUUGGUAUUAAAGGAUUUUUUGCAAAUGACUGGAAUAAAUUUGAUUUGUUUGUUGUUGUUUCUAGUAUUGUUGAUAUUAUUCUUAAUUACAGCGGCGCUUUAAGUGCUUCUUUUCUUAGAAUAGGUCCUUAAUUAAUUCGUAUUAUAAGGGUGUUUAGAGUUUCUCGUUUACUAAAGUUAGUUAAAAGCAUGAAAGGUUUAUAGAAAUUAAUAGAGACCUUAAUGUUCUCUCUUCCUUCCUUAAUCAACGUCGGAGCUUUACUAUUGUUAGUUUUCUUUAUUUACUCUAUUUUAGGAGUCUUUAUGUUUAAAGACGUUACAGAAGGUGUUGUGAUUGAUAAAUAUAAUAACUUUGAAAAUUUCGGUAAUGCUAUGAUCACUCUUUUCAGGUGUUCCACUGGUGAAAACUGGUAUUAAUUUAUGUUUGACUGUGGUAAGACAAGUGGAUGUGUUCAAGGAAAAGACUGUGGUUCACCCUUUAGCACUUUGUUCUUUAUUUCUUUUGUUUUGAUAUGCUCGUUUAUUAUGCUAAAUCUGUUUAUUUUGAUUAUCAUUUAAUACUUUGAAGAUUACCACAUGAAAGAAGACAACCCUCUUUAAGCAUUUAAUGAUAAAUUAAAUAUAUUCAGAAUUACAUGGUCUAAAUACACUAAAAAAACACUUGGAGAAAAGAUAAAUUCCAAGGAUAUUGUUGACUUUUUAUAUGAGCUUCCUCUUCCUCUAGGUUACCACGACCCUGAUCCUAAUGCAGCAACUGCACACCCUGUAGCAAAGAAAGAGAUAGCUAGGCAAGUUAUGAAUUGGGCUCUAGUUUAGUAAAUGGGAGAAGAUUAACAGGAAUAUGUAUUCUUUAAUGAUAUGCUAUUCGCAUGUAUGAAAAAAGAGUAUGGUUCAAAGCUUAUGUAAAAUGCUGGACCUGAAUUAAUGAAAAUGCUUAAUAAAUUAGAAGUGGAAACAAGACUUAAAAUUGCAGAAAAGAAGAAGAAAUAAAUAUUAAAAAAGAAUAAAAAAGUAUUUGGAGGACAUCAUUAAAAAGGCUAGAAAAAGGCAAACCCUAUGAUAGCAUUCAUGUUCUUGUAAAUGUCUUUUAAAGCAUGGUAAAAUUAUUCAGUGGAAAAAACUGCAAAAGGAAUAGUUGAUGGUUAGUAAGAAGAAAAAUCAAGUUCUAGCUCUUCUGAAGAGAGUUUUAGUAGUGAAGAAGAAGAAGAAUUAAAUAACGAAGAAAUCUAAAAUAAUGAAGAAGAUCAAAAUAAUAAAUAAGAUAUCAAUAAUGGAGAGAUAGAAAAGUAAUCUGUUUAGUCAGCAAGUAGAAAGAAAAGUGAAUUUGGUCUAAGAGAUAAGUUCUCUCGUAAAGGAACUUAUAUCUCAAAAACAAAUUCCUAAAACAAAUAAGAUUUAAAAAAUGAUAUUUUAAAUAAAAACAAACAUUAGUAAUCUUCUAAAUUAUAAUUAUCUUCAUCAUCCUCUUCGAGCUAAUCUUCAAAUUCAGAAUCUAAUUCUUCUAGUGAUGAUAGCUCCUCCUCCUCCUCUUCUUAAUCUCGUCCAAAUAGCAAAGAAAAGAAGAGUUAAACUCACUCUAAAAUAUUCGAUAAGUAAUUUUCUAAAAAAGGAAACAAAAGUAUUGUUUUUGAUUAAAUCAGUGAAAAAGAAGACAAAGAAGAAUAGUCUCCCAACUAGAAAAGAAACUAAGACAGCAGAAAACUCAGAAGAAUAGAUACACUUAAUUUAAAAAAACUUGACACUGAAUUUGAAUUUGGGUAAACAAAUAAGUAUCAAUAUUCUGCAAACUAAAAUUAAAAUAAGUUAGUUAAUGCUAAUAAGGUUUAAUUUAGCAAACAAGCAAACACAAGUAUUGAAAUGCUUUCAAAAAAUUCUAUUUUCAACUUAAAGAAUAAGCCAACAGAUUAAAAUAAACUAUAAAAACAAACCUCUUUAAAAAAUUAUUUUUGA